AUGGUGUUUUUGCUGCAAAGAGCUAUGGAUUUUGUGAGAGUUCUAGUUGUGGGUGUUUUCAUUUCAUUGGCCUUGCGAGAUGGAUCAGCUGAACAGGUAAUGGGUUUGCCACCAUGUGAUUUUCCGGCAAUCUACAACUUUGGCGACUCCAAUUCCGAUACCGGGGGUAUAUCAGCAGCAUUUCUACCAAUUCAAGCACCAUAUGGCGUCAAUUUCUUCCGAAAACCUGCCGGAAGAGACUCCGAUGGCCGUCUCAUCAUAGACUUCAUCGGUAACAAAUAG